AUGGAAAGACAAAACCACUCCAUAGUGUCCGAGUUUAUUUUGCUGGGACUCACUGAUUCUCAUGAUUUGCAGAUUUUCUUUUUCAUGUUUUUUUCUAUUGUCUACACAGCCAUUGUGUUAGGAAACCUCACCAUUAUCUUUGUAGUGAAACUGGACCCUCAGUUGCACUCUCCCAUGUACUUUCUACUGGCCAACCUCUCCUUUAUUGAUAUGUCCCUGGCUUCCUUUGCUACUCCCAAGAUGAUUUGUGAUUUACUUAGUGAAUAUAAAACCAUCUCCUAUGACGGCUGCAUGACUCAGAUAUUUUUCCUUCAUCUUUUAGGUGGAAGUGAGAUGAUGUUGCUUGUAUCCAUGGCAAUUGACAGAUACAUUGCCAUAUGCAAACCCCUCCAUUACAAAUCGAUCAUGAGCCAACGUGUUUGCAUUGGGCUUGCCUUUCUCUCCUGGACCACUGGUUUUGUGCACACUAUGAGCCAAAUAAUUUUCACAGUGACUUUACCAUUCUGUGGCCCUAAUGUCAUAGACAGUUUUUUUUGUGAUCUGCCUCGGGUCAUCAAACUUGCCUGCACUGACACCUACAUCCUGGAGCUGCUAGUCAUUGCAGAGAGUGGAGUACUCUCUGUGCUCUGUUUCUUCUUUCUGCUCAUCUCCUACAGUAUCAUCCUGUUUAAUGUCCAGAAGCGCUCAUCCACUGGGUCUGCCAAGGCUUUGUCCACUCUUUCAGCCCACAUCACAGUGGUGGUACUCUUCUUCGGACCUUGUAUCUUUAUCUAUGUGUGGCCGUUCAGCAGUAUUUCCGUAGACAAGGUCCUCUCUGUGUUUUAUACAAUUUUUACACCUCUUUUAAAUCCAAUAAUCUACACAUUCAGAAAUAAAGAUAUGAAAAGAGCAAUAAAAAAAAUAAUGACAAAGCAUGUGAGUUCCAGACUUAUUAAGGAGGUAUUUCUGGUGGUUAACACUGCAGUUUAUUUUUAA